GCCGCACUAACCGCAUCAGAAAGAGAUAUAGUUUGAUUAAUUUGUAUUUGGGUAAAAAGGGUUCAAUUACUAAGGGAAUUCCUCCAGGACAAAAACUUUGUGGUAAUUAUGACUAUGUAGGGAAAGGAGGUUGUAGAGAAGCAGAGGAGAUAGGAAAACCGGCCCACUCACUUUCUCGCGAGAAAAGAUUACAAGAGAUUGAAAGGUUAGACAGCAAAAACUAUACUGCUGAAGAAAUUGCUACUUGGGAAAAAUGUCCGCCAGACAUAGUAGAGGAAUUUUGUCGUCAUGAAAUGGGCGAAACAGUUAAUACUCAAAAUCAAACAUUAACUUCCUCUGAGACAACAAACGAGCAGAUAAUUAAAAAGGAAGCCGAAUUGCAAAAAAUCAAAGAAAAUAAAGGCGGAAAUUCGGAAGAAGUUCGCAAAUUAGAACAGGAAAUCCGAGAAUUAUUAUUAAAAAACCAACAAAAAAACAACACUACUACUGAAAAUUCAAAAAAUCCCAAUGAGAAUAAGAUAAUUGCUUAUUCAAUUGUCGGCUUCUCGCUGGUUGCUUUGGUCGAACAGAUUAAUUUAAUGCAAAGAGACCAGGCUAUUCGUAAUUAUCUAUACUCUCUUUUUCCAGAUACUGACCGGUUGAAAAUUGAAUAUACUAAAAAUACCAUUUUCAUUUUUCUUUACAUACCAGAAAUCAGUUUAGUAUUGGGAGAAGAUAAUUCGAAAAUAGAAACGGUAAUGAAAGGGAUCUAUAAAAUAAUUAAUGAUGAUAAAAUUGCCGUUAAAAUAAAUCUAGUGGAAGUAAAAAAGGUUUAUACACAUGCUCAGUCAAUUGCUAAUUUAAUUGCUGGUCAAUUAAAAAAAUGGAUUCCGGUGAAACAGAUCUUAAAAAAUGUGCUAGCCAAAGUAGAGUUUGAGCGAGAAAUUAAGGGCGGAGGCGUUGAAAUGAAAGGUAUUUUAAACAAUACUGGUAUUGCUCAAACUUUAAAGAGAAAAUGGGGAAAAUUGCCAAUCAGCACUAUGGAUAGUAAUAUAGAAGUAGGUUUUCAAGUGGCAGUUCUUAGUCGAGGCACCGAAAAAUCUGACAAAAAAGAAAUCGAAAUCAUGUCUAUACCAAAAAAAACUAAACAUCGUUAUUAUCAUCUUGUGAAAUGUGAAGGUUUGCGGGCUCAGCGAGGAGCGGAGUUAACCGAAAAGCAGAUCGAGGCCAUUCGCAAAGUAAUUAGUGUAGCAUGGGUUAGGCAGAGAACAAUAAUUUUGGAAUUAAGUGAAAAGGUUCCUCGUGAUAUUGCCUACACGGCACUUAUCCAGGCCAGUCAUAAAUUGCCGGGCAAAUAUAAGGUUGUUGAAAAAUAUAAUACUUUGCUGGAAGCCAAAAAUAGAAAAGAAUAUAUGAAUAAGGAUAAAGAAGUAAAAACAAAAAAACCAUUGUCAAAAGAGGAAUUACUAGCCCAGUAUCGUGCAACUCUGAUAGUUCUUCGUAUGAAAAAUAAAAUGGGGCAAUUGGUCAAAACGCACCAAAUAAAAGAGUUAAAAAAAGAGAUUGCCCGUAUUUUGACUAAAAACGGAAUCCAUGUUCCAAUAAUGUUGAAAGAGGUUUUGGACUAUCUCAAUCUAAAAAAAGGAGGGGUCUAUGUUGACGGAACUUUCGGUCAGGGAGGUCAUUCGCAGGCAAUAUUGAAAAAUCUGGAAAAAGGAAAAUUAAUUGCUUUUGAAUGA